CCCGUUUGGAUUUGUACCAAUUUUGGUUUGCAGUCCCCAACGGCUCGCCGACAUGCGUGGUGCGUUGCAGGAAGUCGCGCGGGAGUGUGUAUGUUUUGAGGAACCGAGGUUGUGCUCAGUGGUUGCCGCCGUCGUUGCUUCUUGGCAUCAAUUUCGUUUGUUGUUGCAUUAUUGCUUCGCUCUAAUGUGCGAGAACGUGAGAGGCGUAUACCGUGGUGGAUAUGUUCAGCGUUGAGGUUGUGUGUCGAAUGGUCCAGGGAAUUCACGUUUCAGUAUCCUCUGAUAACGUCUUUCGAUUCUAGUUAAUGGUCAAGUGAAAGCUGCAUUGUGUUCUCUACCAAGCCAGCACGAUGAGGGCAGAGGAGUGCGCAGGGGAGUAUAUGAGUCCGCUGGUGAAGCAGGAUCUUGCCAAAACUGGAAAAGACGGCGAGAGUCGUCGUGUGCCCUCUCACGCGCUCAGUCAAGAAGUGGAGAAGCUGGAACUUGGUUCUAUCCCUCAAUUCCUGGCCCAGGUUUCCGAGUCAAUAGACACUGAAGGCUCGCGCUUAAACGCUUUAGUCCUUUACGAAGAGGUCGCACGAGUCCACGGGAAGCUUAUCAUUCCGCAUAUUGGCCAGCUUAUGGCUACUGUGACUCGUUCACUGUCUUCGAGCGGGAAUUCACCAGAUUUACACCAAGCUUGUGCCAAAGCGGCUACGGCUUGGGUUCGUUAUUCCGUUGACGCGGACACAAGCGUAGCUGAUGCGGGAGAAAUUCUCAAGGAGGUCUCCCGACCGUUAGUCGAUCUACUAGCAGGCAAUUUGGAGCAUGUGGUGGCGGGGGCAGCAACAUGCUUGCAAGCAAUUACUGAAUCUGAGAAGUGGAAGCUUGCGCCAGAGGACUUGGUCAGCGAAGUUUGCAAUCUGAAUACCACUGCCUUGGGCGACAAAUCAACCCGGACAGUUGCUCAGAUGCAGCUCGCGCGUUCAUUAUCGAUCAUGAACCCUGAAUCUUGCCAUGUGUAUGGAGCUCGAUUGCUCAAUGUCGCACAAGAAGUCUUGAGCGACAGUACCUACUCUUGGCAGCUACGGAAGAGUGCCGCAGAGAUGGCACAGUCCAUUCUUGAAAUUGUGGACAGAAAGGCUCUCGACUUGGUACUGAACUCAAUAACACAGGCUCUAGAGAACUGUAAUCACGACACUAUGCCUGAGGUCCGCACUGCAGCUUGUGAAGCUCUCCAGACGGCCAAAAGGAGUGGUGGGUCGACUAAAGAAAAAAAUGGAGGGGAUCACCGAGGAUUGAAAUCUUUUGAUUCUAAGAAGCAUACACCCCAGCAGAGAAACUGGAGUCCAAACAACUUCUGCCCAAGUUCACAGGACACUUACAAUCUAUCUUCUUACACGCCUCCUCCUGCAUCAUGUGACUCUGCUGUCUUUGAUUCCUCCUCGGCCUCUAGUACCGACUCAACAAGCUGGAUGAAGCGGUCUCUUAUGUUUUCGUCAAAGACAAUAGACCAUUCGCCUUGCUUUCCAGGUCCACCUUUCGCCGUGGGACUUUACAAGAAUCACGAGAGUAUCUCGGACAAGGAGUAUGUAUCUUCUUCGACUGUAUGUGGAGAUGUCACAGUUUCCCACACUGGUAUGUCGGCGUAUCUCGUUCCCGCCUCUCAUUUCAACGACCCGCUGGUAUGUGACCAAGUAUCACCAGGCAUGCAACAUAAAAAGGAAGAGCUACUCGGCGAGACAGAACUCACUCCAACUGUAACGCAGGAUCAUCCAAAAGGGAAAGUUGAGUCUCGAUUCAGUCCCUUUGAGGCACUUAUCACCCGAUCAUUCUGUGAGGCAGAUGGAGAUCUAAUGGCCGAGGAUGAAGAAAUUUUAUCCGGGGGUUCAGCUGACUUAGAUGGACGCAUAUGUGGUAAUAACGGGAUGCGUUCCGGUGGCAAUUCAAGGUGGUCAAUUUCAAUGGGGAAAUUUAGGCUGGAUUCUCAGACCCCUGAGUAUAUGGAGGACAGUGUACAGAGCAACACGGUUUCCUGUAUAGGCAUGCAAAGUAACGACUCCGACGCAGAUAGUAUCGCAGUACUUGGCAUGAAGGGUUGCAUCAGCAAUAACAUAACUGGAAAGGUUGUUGAUGUCUUAGAGAACAAGCAGAUGCCCUACAUGGGGUCUCUGCAAGCAUUGACAGCUGGAUACCCCAAUGCAUGUAACCUUGACGAUUGGAUCUCUCAUGCACAGUAUAUGAAACUCGAAAACUUGUCCAACUCUCCAGAAGACGGCUACAGUUCCAUGAAGCCAAGGGUGCUGAUCACCGCAGCGGAUUUCAUGCCUUACACAACUCCACGGAGAUUGGUGUUAUCACUUCAAUCUCAAUUCUUAAGCCCGGGUGAUGAAGUGGGUCAAGAGGAUGUGGUAAGGAUCGACAACAGGGCAGGUAAAAUCACUGACAUCAACGAGGAUGCAGUGAGAAGCAUUGACUACGGGACUAUAAAGAGGAUCGACUUCAUUGAAGAACCAGAUAUGGAAGUUGAAAGUUCUAGUGACUCGGGUUGGAGUGUAAGAGACAAUCCAAUUGCCUCUGAUGAGUCUACAGCUGCGGAAAGUAGCCCUCAGAAUAUGGAAACGCAUGAUGAGAUCCACGAUGGCUUAGCUCUUCCUAGAAAGAUCCAGAACGUCGCAGGUGUUACCCCUACAAGUAGAGCAAUCUCACCGCCGACCCACGAGUCAGAAAUUGUCAAUACCUCUCAGACGGUUCAACAAGGAAGCCUUGAAAUUGACGAUGCAGCCGUACACCUCCACACCUCAAGACCGUGUGGAGCCCUGGUUGUAGUUCCAGAGGCAGACAAAGUUUGCACGCCAUGCCCAGAGUCUAAGCACAAGAGGCCCGCUCUUAAGUCUCGAGAGCGGGGCCUAAAACUGGAAGUGGACCGAACAACAGAUGAUCGAAGCAAUGAGCAGGAAAUGAUCAACUCAACCAGCAUCUUCAGCCAAGCAGGCGAGUCCUGUGUGGACGUGCCUGUAUGCGAGAAGGCUGUCUGGGUUGAUGAUGUCUCAGCCAAGUUGUGGAGCAAUAUCUCAUUGCUGAACUCUGCCAAGAGAGGUUGCUCAAAGAUCAUGUCCAUAGCUGAAGUAGUUCUGAAAGGCUCCCUAUGCGUCGUUGUUGCUGUUCCGAUCAGCUUGGCCCUUGCAACGGUGCUCCAAACUCCAACAGAUUACUACUUGGUGCCGACAUGAUGUGCUUCCCAAACCCUCAUUUUUUUGUUUCUUACAGUGAUUUAUAAAUUCUCAUGCCAGUUUAUUAUGUUGAGGAUCAAGCUGUAUGUAAAUAGUAGCUACAUUCAUCUGCUUAGUUCAUUAGGAUAGCGUUAGUAAUAAUAUCCCAUUCAAGUUUGUUUGAAUAUCCUAGGUUCGCAGCGCUGCUGCUUGAAAAUGAUUAUUCAUCGCUGGGCAAUAUUUUUGUCCCUGGAAAUCCUCCUUCCUAAAGGUGCAUGUUUCACUUGAUAUGAGCAGAGAUGUUGUAAUUCAAUGAUCUGACCAACAAAUUUUUGAGUUUCUGGAA